GACAACACAACUCAACACAAGAGUGAGUUGCCGAAUCUCCGUCACAGGAACAGCAGAAAGGAAAUAUGCAUGCUCUAUCACCAAUGAGUGUGAGGGUAGUGAGAGUGGGAGCUUCAGUGGAUACGCAACAAAGACUCCCGUACAACCGCAACGCCCCAAGAAAGAUCAAGGACAGCUCCAGCACUCUGUCUACCACCCAAAACCCUCCAACUGUCACUCUGACCGCCUCAACUACUCGUACGGUUGACCAUGUUUUUGAGCUUCUCAAACGCCCAAAUCAAGAGGAGACAGCAGGAAUGGAUGACUUAUAUUUAGGCUACGAACAAUGGUUGCCUAGUCCACCAAAGAUACAGAAGCCUAGUUCCCCAAAGAUACAGAAACUCAGUCCACCAAAGGUGCAGAAGCCUCAGACUGUACUGAAUGCAGCGGCAUUAGCUUACCUCGGUGACUGCAUAUAUGAGCUUUAUGCUCGCCGACAUUUUUUGUUCCCCCCCUUGAGUAUUGAAGAAUAUAAUGAUCGUGUGAUGGCCGUUGUACGUUGUGAAGCACAGGAUGCAUUGCUCCAGAAACUUAUGAAGGACAACUUUCUAACAGAAGAAGAGAGGAAUGUUCUUCGGUGGGGAAAGAACAUAAGUUCAGCCAAGACACGAACGAAAAAGCGUGCUGGUGCAGCAGUCUAUAACAGAGCAUCUUCACUGGAGACAUUAAUUGGACAUCUCUAUCUGACAGAUAUGAAACGUUUGGAAGAAGUAAUGGUGAAGUUGGGAUUUUUGACUGACUCUUCUCAACUGAUUCCAUCAGAGGAUGUGAAUGAGCCAACAUCCUAGUUGAUGAAGAUGGUACUGAAAUUGGGUGUUCAAUACAAGACCCUCAGAUGACCUUGUUUGUACUGUAUGUUCAAGACCCUAGUGGUUUGCUAACUUGCUUAGUUUAGAAAUUCUAUAACUCAGAAGAUUUUGUUUAGGUCAAUAUAAGAAAUAGUCAUGAGUCAUCUAUGGAUCGACACAUCAAACGCACUUGUAUUUAGACAAUAUUGAGUUAUCUUCAUAUAUCUGAAUUACAGUUAAUGCUGCGUUUGGACACUUAC